AUGGGGAUCAAGGCAGCCCUUCCUAGGUAUGAGCUGUACUGCUACACUGUUGUCCUCUUUCUUGCACUCUUGUGGGCCGGCAGCUGGAUCAUUGAGGCCUCCAAUGAGAAUGUAAGCCGGAGGGAAUUUAAGGAGAAUGUGAAACCAGGAUGGUACUACUUUGGCAGAAAAAUGGAUGUAUCAGAUUUUGAAUGGGUUAUGUGGUUCACCACUUUUCGCAAUCACAUCCUGUUUGCCCUCUCUGGUCACGUGAUCUUUGCUGAAAUCUGUUCGAUCGUGUCCCCAAAGCACAGAUCAUUGAUCUACAUGCUGUAUGGAUCUCUAGCUGUCCUGAUUACUAUGGGAUGGACAUACAUCUCUCUCAUCCUGUCACAUUGCAUCAUCCUUUACAGCGUGGCACUCAUUAAGAGGAAGUGGCUCUGCUUUGUGGCUGGACUUACCAGCCUGGCAACUUUCAAGAUGGAGCCUUUUAACACUUGGCAGGAAGGCUUUGUGACAGGUUCCUUUGAUUUGCAAGACGUCCUGUUCUAUGGAGGUUGCGGGUUCUCUAUUAUGCGCUGUAUGAGCUUUGCCUUAGAGAAUUGUGAGAAGAAGGAUGGCAACUACAGUUUCUUUGAUCUGAUCAAGUACAACUUCUACCUCCCCUUCUUCUUCUUUGGACCUGUCAUGACCUUUGAUCGAUUCCAUAAGCAGGCUAACAUCUCUAACUUGACUCGUAAGGAGAGAGAGAUGUGGAACAUCACCAUUUAUGCUUUGGUUCAUCUUGGUGCUAUUUUGAUGGUGGAUGUCUUCUUCCACUUCCUGUACAUUUUGACCAUCCCUAGCGAUUUGAAGCUUGUGAAUCAACUGUCUGAUUGGUCUCUUGCUGGGUUGGCAUACUCCAAUCUGGUGUAUGACUGGGUGAAAUCAGCCAUUAUGUUUGGUGUCAUUAACACGGUAUCCAGACUGGACCAGCUGGAUCCUCCCCAGCCCCCUAAAUGCAUCACAAUGAUCUAUGUCUUCGCUGAUACGUACUUUGACAGAGGAAUCAAUGACUGGCUCUGCAAAUAUGUCUAUGACUAUAUCGGAGAAAACCAUGAUGCUAUCAUCAAGGAGCUUGUAGCAACCAUCUGCACCUUUGCUGUCACAACCCUGUGGGUUGGACCCUGUGAACUGGUCUACAUCUGGUCUUUCUUUAACUGCUUUGGCCUAAAUUUUGAACUGUGGGUGGCCAAGUUCUUCUCUCUGCCACCGUUCUCCACUAUUGAGCGGGGUCUUAUGUCUGAGGCUAUGUCGCGUCGAAUCAGAGGCGUGUUCAAUGCUGUUAACUUCUGGCAAAUUGUCCUGUACAAUGUCCUGGCACUGAACAGUCUUGAUUUUGCUCAGCUGGUUGCCAAGAGACUGCUUCUUAAAGGCUUCCCCCUGUCCACUCUCUCAGUACUGUUUGUGACUUACUGUGGCAUGCAGCUGAUAAAGGAGAGAGAGCGAAAGCAGGCUCUGCUGGAUUAUCCGGAACCAGAGGCACCCCCAGAGCCUGGCAAACGGAAGGCUGAGUAA